AUGAAGAGCUUGAAUGCAGGAAGAAGAAAUUGGUGGAGCAGAAGUUGGUCCCAGAUGGAAAGAAUCCCGUCCCAGAAGGAAAAAAAUCCUGUUCUAGAAUUAGCAGAAGGAGAAAAGGAAACUUUGAUCAAGAAAAAAGGAAAACAAGUUCUAACGGUGGAGAAGGAGGGGAGGAAUAUUCUGUCGUUGGGCAAUGGAUUUAGGAAACAUUCGGAUAUUAAUGGAGUCCAAAAAGAAACCACAAUAAAUUUGGAAACUGCGGAUCCAUCGGGCAAGGAUGAGCAGAAUUCGAAAACAACUGAUUCUUCGGCAGAAUAUGCUUCUCCGAACAAGGUUAACGAUGAUGCUGAUAAUGAAAAAGGUCUAGUAGACGUUACAGUAAAUGAACAGUGUAUUUCAGAUACAUUUCUGUUAGAUCAUCACUUUGAACGCCAAGAAAGAGGUGAUAUUGUUGUGGAUGAUGUUAUGGGGUUAAUAUGUAAUAAAGAGCUGUCGGAUAAGGGGUUUUACUCCGGUAAUGACAUAGAUUAUUGUAUUGAAGUUGAUUCCCAACAUUCAGAUUCUGGAAUCAGGGUGAAUGAGCAAGUUGAAGAAGUUCAAAGUAUCCCCCACAUGGGUAUGACUACUAGACCCAGGUCUAGCAAACUUUCUCAAUCCAAUUCUUUAAAUGAUUAA